GCAGUGAGGGCGAGUCAGAUUUUCCAGCUGUGAGAACUGGAGACACACACACACACACACACACACACACACACACACAGAGAGAGAGAGAGACCCAUUGGAGCGAGCAAACAACGCCUCACUUCACUCAAUAAAGCUGCAGCAGGAUGGCAUGGUUUCUCCUGCUCCUUCUCAAUGUGUGCUGCACUGGAGGCAGCACUGAUGUGAACAUAGAGGACAGAGACUGGGACUGGGGUUCCGGCCUGCAUGAGCUACUGCACAGCUUCCCUGCUCACAGUCCCUUUGUCACAGAGACACCUGGACAUGUUGUAAACUGCAGUCAGCGCUUCUGGCUUCCACCGUCUGCUCCUGUGUGCUGGGAAGACAUAGCAGGGCCAGAGGAGUUCGAGGAGACUCGUCUGCUGGUGCUGCAGAAUCGAGCCGCACUCCAUGCUGUGGCUGAGGCCAGUGGUCUGGAGGAGGGAGGAGUCUCUUAUGAGCAGCAGGCUAUGAUGGAUGUCCAAGGGGUUCGGGAAGAUCACCUGAGCAUUUCUCAGAGUGUAGAAUCCAUGCAGAAGGUUUUUCUUGACCUGGAUGAGAAGAGGAAGGAGGGUGGAGAACAUGAUACCUUUGCAAGUUUAAAGGAGCAGAUUGCAAACACCAUGAACUCCAUUAAUGGCAGAGAAGAAAUGGCAGCUCUUCUGGAGCAGCGUCUCUCUAAACUCGAGAGGACAUUGAUCACCAUACAACAUCGACUAACCCAACUAGUGAACCAGUAAAUGAUGUUGCAGCAGUUUUACACUGCAGUGCAUGCCUGUGAGGAAGCAGGAUUUUACACCUAAAGCAUGACUCUCACUAUUGUAUUAUACCUCUGUUUCAAUGUUAGGAGUUGGUGAUAUGAUGUUGUAUUGAUAUCAUUAGAGCUUACUUUAAGAUAUCUUUCAGAGAGGAUUAGAAGUACUUUCAUAUUUUUAUGUUCAUGUUUUUUUUUUAUUUUUUUUUUUACACCAGCUGCUUGAUAGCUGUAUUUGUAUAUUUUAUAAGUAAACAUAAAAAUCACUAAAUUGCUUUUGUAAGCUUUCAAAAUGUCAUAAAUACUGCUAAUAUUAGUAAAGUAUUAAUAUCAGUAUUAGUGCAUACUGAUAUGCACUAAUUUUUAUAUAUAUAUAUAUAUAUAUAUAUAUACACACACACACACACACACACAUACAUAUACACAUACACACACAUACACAGUGAGGGAAAAAGUAUUUGAUCCCCUGCUGAUUUUGUACGUUUGCCCACUGACAAAGAAAUGAUCAUUCUAUAAUUUUAAUGGUAGAUUUAUUUGAACAAUGAGAGACAGAAUAACAACAAGAAAAUCCAGAAAAACGCAUGUCAAAAAUGUUAUAAAUUGAUUUGCAUUUUAAUGAGGGAAAUAAGUAUUUGACCCCUCUGCAAAACAUGACUUAGUUCUUGGUGGCAAAACCCUUGUUGGCAAUCACAGAGGUCAGACAUUUCUUGUAGUUGGCCACCAGGUUUGCACACAUCUCAGGAGGGAUUUUGUCCCACUCCUCUUUGCAGAUCUUCUCCAAGUCAUUAAGGUUUCGAGGCUGACGUUUGGCAACUAGAACCUUCAGCUCCCUCCACAGAUUUUGUAUGGGAUUAAGGUCUGGAGACUGGCUAGGCCACUCCAGGACCUUAAUGUGCUUCUUCUUGAGCCACUCCUUUGUUGCCUUGGCCAUGUGUUUUGGGUCAUUGUCAUGCUGGAAUACCCAUCCAUGACCCAUUUUCAAUGCCCUGGCUGAGGGAAGGAGGUUCUCACCCAAGAUUUGACAGUACAUGGCCCCGUCCAUCGUCCCUUUGAUGCAGUGAAGUUGUCCUGUCCCCUUAGCAGAAAAACACCCCCAAAGCAUAAUGUUUCCACCUCCAUGUUUGACGGUGGGGAUGGUGUUCUUGUGGUCAUAGGUAGCAUUCCUCCUCCACCAAACACGGCGAGUUGAGUUGAUGUCAAAGAGCUCCAUUUUGGUCUCAUCUAACCACAACACUUUCACCCAGUUGUCCUCUGAAUCAUUCAGAUGUUCAUUGGCAAGCUUCAGACAGGCAUGUAUAUGUGCUUUCUUGAGCAGCGGACCUUGCGGGCGCUGCAGGAUUUCAGUCCUUCACAGCGUAGUGUGUUACCAAUUGUUUUCUUGGUGACUAUGGUCCUAGCUGUCUUGAGAUCAUUGACAAGAUCCUCCCGUGUAGUUCUGGGCUGCUUCCUCACUGUUCUCAUGAUCGUUGCAACUCCACGAGGUGAGAUCUUGCAUGGAGCCCCAGGCCGAGGGAGAUUGACAGUUCUUUUGUGUUUCUUCCAUUUGCGAAUAAUCGCACCAACUGUUGUCACCUUCUCACCAAGCUGCUUGGCAAUGAUCCAAGCCCAUUCCAGACUUGUGUAGGUCUACAAUCUUGUCCCUGACAUCCUUGGAGAGCUCUUUGGUCUUGGCCAUGGUGGAGAGUUUGGAAUCUGACUGAUUGAUUGCUUCUGUGGACAGGUGUCUUUUAUACAGGUAACAAGCUGAGAUUAGGAGCACUCCCUUUAAGAGUGUGCUCCUAAUCUCAGCUCGUUACCUGUAUAAAAGACACCUGGGAGCCGGAAAUCUUUCUGAUUGAGAGGGGGUCAAAUACUUAUUUCCCUCAUUAAAAUGCAAAUCAAUUUAUAACAUUUUUGACAUGCGUCUUUCUGGAUUUUCUUGUUGUUAUUCUGUCUCUCACUGUUCAAAUAAAUCUACCAUUAAAAUUAUAGACUGAUCAUUUCUUUGUCAGUGGGCAAACGUACAAAAUCAGCAGGGGAUCAAAUACUUUUUUCCCUCACUGUAUAUAUAUAUAUAAAUAAAAUAUUAGUGCAUCAUGAAAUGUCACGCACCAUUCUUCCACAAGUGAGUCCAUGUUCUUCUAAGACAGCAUGAUUGCUCAUAAGGGAAAUAACAAUGCAAUAUUAUGAUUUAUAACCCCAGUAAUAUUCAACAAAAAAAGUGCUGGGUUUCAUGGCAUGAUUUGGCAGUUCAACAUUCUUAAACAACAAAUCAUUUACAGGACCAGAAAGAAACCAAAGCUGAGCGAAUAAGCAACCAAAGGUUUAUUUACUGAAAAAUAUACACCCAAAAUCAUACAGUACACUAUACAAAACUUAAGGUGUUACACAAAUUUCAAGUAUAAAGACUCACAACUUUGAAAUUCAGUGCAUGCCAUCAGCUGAAACAGCAGAAAGUACAAGCAAACUGUGGUAUACUCAAUUCUGAUCUACAGUAAAGGACAGUGAUUAAACCUGCAGGAAGUCUGUGCAUCUUUUUGAUCAACACAGAUUGCAAAGAAAUAUAUCAUGGCAAAACAGUUACACACAAAAAAAGAUCAGUUGUAAGUAUUUAUUUCACUUGUACAAUAUGCACAAUGAGAGUGAGAUUUUUUGUCUUCAGGUGUAUAAAAACAAAAAAACAACACUGACAUCUUAAUGCCCAUAUAAUGAAAGUGUGUACACCCUGAGUGACUGCUUUUAAAGCAGCUGUAAUGUUAGACUCUGAGCCAUUUAUGACCAAAAAUGCAAGAACUGUAGGAGCAAAUCAACAGUUUUACAACAUAAAUAAAUGUAUGAAACACUUAAACUGGCCACUGCCUUGCAGUUUGCUGUGUGAACUACAGGUAGUUUUGUGGUGAUCAGGUCACUACAUAUCAGAAUACCAAAAAAACAAACAACUGUAUAUCAUCACUUGAACCACAAGGUGUGAGGAACUGCACAUAUUUUAUUUAAGUGAGAUGUCCAGAUCUGCUAUCUGUUGUGAGGAAUGUUAUGUUUUUGUACUUGUUCACAUCAUGUUAUCAACAAACAAUUUUUAAAGAAUGAUGUCGAAGUAACAGUUCCUCCCCCCCAAAAAAUAAAUAAAUCAGUUGUCUUCUU